AUGCAUGCUGGAAGUACUUGGAAAGAUUUAGGACAUAAUCAAGAUUCAUGUAAAGAUCUAUAUGCUCAAUUACAAAACCUCAAGAAGCUUGCUUUAAAAAAUUUUGCAGUCACGCCUAGCUCUGCUUGCUAUGAGUGUAUAUUUUCUUCAUUGGAGCUUGAAUUUGUGGCUCAGGAUAAAAUUGAAAAUGAUGCUAGGAGUCUGAUAAAUGCUGCAUAUAAUACUCUAGAAGAAGAUGAUGAUGAAAAUAAUAAUUUGUUUCUAAAAUUACUUCAUGAAAAUAAUGAUGAUUCUGAACCUAGGGAUGACAUUGAAUUAGAUGAAGAAACUGAAGAAAUUGAAGAUUAUGACCCAGCACAAUUAGCUUCUAAUUACCUAACAGUCAAUGAUGGCAGUGGUAAUUACUUGUAUUGGUAG